CAACAUUUCGGGAUUCAUUUUCUGUAUCCAAGGUACCGCAGCAGUCAUAUCCAUUGACACGGUUGGCUUGAGAGUCAUUCACGUGGCCGGUCGCACAACUCGGAGUGGCCAUGCAACCAGCAGAGUGGACACCAUAAAAGUUGACUGCUUUCUGAUAUGUACCCAUGGACCGUGAAGAAGCUGACCCCAAUACCCAAAGAGAGGUUGAUGUCCUCAUAUUGGAUUAUCUCCUCUGCACGGCAAUCGAGCUACUCAUAUGCCACGGAAGAGCACGGAUUGAAGGACAGAGGCAAGACUAUCAGGAUAUCGAUUGGUACAUCAGCACAGUUGAAACAAUCAGAACAGUAUUGUUAGACCCGGAUAUCCUAUCGAAUGACAUAUGCACCAAAGAUCGACUCUUAAAAUUCACAGUGACAUUUUGUCAGCGGUAUGAUUUCUUACAGAACCGCGACCCAGAGGCAACGGCUAUGACACUACUGGUCAACUUUCUCGCGCUAUGUGAGGGAGCAGAGAGCCUCCCAGCACUUAGAGAUGCUAUAUUCGCCCAUUUGAUCAUGGAAGCCGCUUCGGAGGAGCUGGCGGCAACCGACAGUCAGCCAAUUCCAGAAUACGAUGAGUGUAUCCACCGCGUGCACGAGGCCAUAGGCCAAACUUUGCAGUCAAAAGGAAAACGAGACUACCUGAAAUACUUUCAGCCGUCAUGCGAUCUUCCGCUGGAGGUGCACAUACAAUCCAUGUCGAAUAAAUUGCCCACGGCCCAGCUUGUAUCUGCAGUAUUCGACUUCCUGAUUGACUUGAUGAAGUCGCUAAAUCCACCAGUACUUUUGCAGCUCGAAAGAGGGAAACUCGACGGACUCACUCGUGAAGAGACCAGGCGGCUAAAAGACAAAAUAGGAAUCUGAUGGCCGAAAUCCGGGGACUCGUACAAAUCAAACCUGGAGAUCGGUGACAGGAACCACGAGAGUGGCUGGAAUUAUCGGCUUUAUACAUGGAGAAAACACAGAAAUUAAUGUUGAU